AUGGUUGCGCCUGACCCUGAUGUCGUGCCUACACUCUUGGAUGCAACACCUGGCGUUUCACCUGAAUAUUCACCUGAAGGUUCACCUCAAGAUUUACGUGAAGUUUCACCUGAUGAUGAGUCUGGUGCUGCUGCAGCUUGGGGAGGGGAGAGGGAGGCGCGGCAGAGUGAGGGUGCAGAAGAGUGCGUACCUGCAGCGGCAGCACCAGCAGCAGCAGAAGCAGCAGAAGCACCACCAAUGACAGCAGCACCAGCAGCAGCAGCAGCAGCAGCAGCAGCAGCAGCAGCAGCAGCAGCAGCAGCAGCAGCAGCACCAGCAGCAGCAGAGGUAGCAGCACCACCAAUGACAGCAGCACAGAUGGAUGAGUUGUUGGAUCGCUGUCUGCUGCAUGCCCUCUCCGUCUCUGUGAAGCCCUCGCACCUACCCCUCGGAGCUAGCUCCCUCUGGUCCAAUCACGUGCUGCCAUGUCGGCCGCCCGGCACAACAGUGGACAUCAAGAAGUCGUCUCACAGGAAGCUGAGCAAGUGGCUGCAUGCCAAGGUUGUUGAUGGGCUGGUGAAAGCACUGCAAGGAGUUCAUCAUCUCAUCUCUCAACCACAACCACCAGGCCCUCCUCGCAUUCUGCAUCUGUCGUUCUUUCUACCUCGCCCCCUCCCCACAGAUAAGCGGCAGGGAGGACAAGCACCGCAAGGAGUUCAUCAUCUCAUCCAUCAACCACCGCCACCAGGCCCUUCCCUUGCACCCCUUCCCUUUGCACCCAUCUGCCCGCCCCCCAACCUCUUCACCCUGCCCGCACAGAUAAGCGGCAGGGAGGACAAGCACCGCAAGGAGUUCAUCGUCUCAGCCGUCAACCACCGCCACCAGGCCCUCCUCGCAUUCUGGCCACAUAAGACAAGCAAACCCGCCCAAGCCCCUGUCACUGCACCCGAAGGCAGCCCAGGGAUAGCUACCGGAACCGGCGCCGUCACAGCCACCACGACGGUAGAAGAGGUGUUUAAACCAUCUCUCCACGUGUCUCCUGUCUUUGAAGCAAUGGGUCUCGACCCACUCGCCUUCUACUCCCCCUCUGCUGUUCACAACGCUGCCCUUUCCUACAUCUCCCUCCACUCCCUCACCGAGCCCUCCGACCCCUCUAUAGUCAUCCUCGAUGCUACACUAUGCGAUGCACUGUACAAAGGCGCGAUAAAAAAGGGCGCCGAAUAUCCAACAGAGUGCCCUAAGCGGGACCCAGGCCCCCUCUUACUGCGUCGCAUGCAGGCACAGCACAGGGUGGAGAAGGGGGGGAGGAGUGUGGAGCGGAAGGGGAAGGUAGAACCGGUGCAGGUAUUUGUGAGGGGGCGGCAGGGCAGCAGGAAGGUGACGCGGGUGACAGGCGUUGAUGCUUAUCUGGUGGAGGCUUAUCUGGUGGAGGCUGAACCGCUCGCUGCUGAGCUGCAGAGGACGUUUGCUUCGAGCACAUCAGUGGCUGAAGUGCCAGGUGGGUGCAGCUGCAACAGAUGCGUGUGA